UCCAAUCCACGUGGACUAUGAACGCCACGUGAACUCUUACCACUAAUAGAUCUCUACAGACUCCCACUCGUUCAGCAUUAGAUGAUGGUAAAGUCUUUAUUCAGUGCAAAAUAGACUGAACAAGUCUUUACAUCAUUCCGGUUACCUAUUUAGCAUCUAACGAGUACACGUUGACAAGGAUCUUGAAAAAUAAAUCUAAUAUUUCAUAGCAUAACAAAAAACAAUCAGUUUGUGCUUUCACUUUUUUAGAUUUACUUAAAUCAGCCUCAUAUACUGCUAAUUAGAUUUAUUAUACCAAAUUUAUGCCAAACUAACUUUGUCAUGAUCAAUACUCAAGUGAUAUAAGUAUCAUGACGAUCAUGACGAUAUUUUUAAAGAAGUUUUGAAGUUUUUGUAGUAUUGUGAAGUAAACAAAAAUAUGGAAAAGCUUAAAGAAAAUAAAUUGCAACUAUUCGAAACAUCAACUCGAUAUGCCAGUAUGAGAGGAAAACCGAACACGUCCUACGUGGAACGUGGACUCGUUAAACCUUACUCUGUUUCUUCAAUUCACACAAGAAAAAAAUCCGGAUGUGUACGAGGAGUUACAGUAGUUGGAGGAGUAAGAUCAGGACGUGGAACACUCCUGAGAACAUUAGCAUUUGUAUUUUUGGCGACAUUUUUAUGGCUUCAAUUGCAUGUUAUCAGUUUAACUGGUCGUAAUUCAUUAAGCCAACCAUUGAUAAACGAAAGUAUCUACGCUCUUGUACCCCAAGAGUUACAAAGAUUUCUUAAAGACCGUGGAAAUUCCUCAGGCCAAAAUUUUAAUGGAACUUUUGGAGCUUUUGGAGUAUUAAACAUUUCACAAAUUCAAAAAAGUAUAAAAAGAUUAAAUUCUGAACAAAAAAUAUAUAAUGAAGAAAUUUUUGGCCCUCUUCCUUCAGAUGCACCGAUUAUUGUUGUUCAAGUGCAUUCAAGACUUACAUACUUGAGGCAUUUAAUAGUAUCUUUAGCUCAAGCUAAAGGAAUCGAGCACGUUCUACUAAUAUUUAGUCAUGAUGUCUGGCAUCCAGAUAUCAAUUAUCUUAUUCAAAGUGUAGAUUUUUGUCGGGUGAUGCAAAUAUUUUAUCCUUAUAGCAUUCAAACUCAUCCUCACAUCUUCCCAGGUGAAGAUCCAAAUGACUGUCCUCGAAAUAUUGACAAAGAUCAAGCUUUGGCCUUAAAAUGUAUUAAUGCUCAACAUCCAGACCUUUACGGACACUACCGUGAAGCGAAAUUCACACAAACUAAACAUCACUGGUGGUGGAAGGCAAAUCGCGUUUUUGAUCAGCUAAAUGUCACACGAAAUCAUACAGGAAUGGUUUUAUUCCUUGAAGAAGAUCAUUACGUUGCUGAAGAUUUUCUUCAUGUUUUAAAGCUCAUGGAACAAACGUGUAAACAUAGCUGUGAACGUUGUAAUGUUCUAUCUUUAGGCACUUACCUAAAAACUUACAAUUACUAUGCAGAUUUAAGUAAAAAGUAUCUUGGUGUCAACGGAGCACUACAAAAGGAACUCAUCCGUGGCUUAGAAAGACAUGGCGGCCUAAUGCAACAACAACAGCAACAACUACGUCAAUCCAGUGAUUCAGUUAUUCUUAAUAGCAAGAUGACAACAUGGUCCUUUCAACUUUUACCAUCUCUCUACAGUCACUAUCAGAAGGCAGAAGUCAUUCCUUGGAUUUCAAGCAAGCAUAAUAUGGGAAUGGCGUUCAAUCGAGUAACAUGGAAUAAAUUACGGAAGUGUGCAUCCCAAUUUUGUUCUUAUGAUGAUUAUAAUUGGGAUUGGAGUCUCCAAUAUGUGGCACAAACGUGUCUUCCACCAAGUAGAGGUGCUGGAGCUGCUCCUAGAAUUGAAUCUGGACUUAUAACUAUGAUGAUGAGAGCUCCUAGAGUUUUUCAUAUCGGAGAAUGUGGUGUUCAUCAUAAGAAAAAUAAUUGCGAAUCCACGGCUGUGAUUGCUAAAGUGCAACAAGUUCUCAAGUCAGCUCGUGCUCAUAUGUUUCCUUCAGAAUUGACUUUAACUAUCGCUGGAGUUACAAAAAAAAACAAAUUGAGGAAAGGUAAUGGUGGAUGGGGUGAUAUACGUGAUCAUGAACUUUGCCGGAAUAUGACAGUAAAUUCAGAUUACGUAUUAUGAAAAUAUUUAGGAGAGGGAAAUAUUUCAGAUAAAGACUAUGAGUUUUGUAUAAAUAAUUUUUGACUGAUUAUUUAAUUAAAACUAUAAAUUCUUAUGUUUUUUCAACAAAUUAUUAUUUUUAUCAGGGUUAUAAUACAAUUCUUUAUCAUAAAAAUUAACGCACAAGUGCUAUAAAAAAAGUUAACGUUGCUAGGAUUUUUUUAGGAGUAACUAAAUGUGAUGAUAUUAUAGGAAUAAUUGAUGAUUAUGCAAAAAAAUUCAUUAUUUUGUAGGAGAGCUCAAUAAUUAUUAUUAUAAGAAUUUUAAAUUCUCAAAAAAAUAUGCCAUAAAUUUGAUUCUAGUCAUUUGAUUCGUUAAAAUAAUGAAAACUAGAAAAUUUUUAUUUAAUAGUCUAUUUGAAAAUACUGUAAUUAUAUAGAAAGUAUUUUUUAUUAAAAAAAAUUUACUUAUGCAUAACUCAAUUCAAGAUAAAAAAUGAAUUCGUUAAAAAAAGGGUUAAGUUUAUUAUCGAACAAAUUCAUAUUUCAUAAAACUAUUAAUAACAUAUUUUUGUUUUUUUUUCAUGAUACUAUGAAUCUAUUGCAAAAGAUCCAAUGAAAUUAUACUUAAAAAUAUAUCUAUAAUUAUUUAAUUUCAUAUUCUGUUCAAAAGACAAAAUCGUUUAAAACCAAAGAGAUAUUUAUUGAAAUAUCCAUUUCCAUAAAAAUAAUUGUCUACAAAUUAAUAAACAAAAAAAUUUAGACCACUUACAUUUGUAAAAAUUAUUGUUUAAUAUUAUUGAAUUAUUGCAGGAUGGCAUUUGUAUUUAUAAAAUUGUAACGAACGCACUUGCAUUGUUGUUGUUAUUUAUAUUUAGUUGUUUUUUGUAAAAUCAUACAAAAAAAUAGUUUAUCCCAUAUCGAAUACAGAAAAUUGUGUAACAUUACUUACUUUAUAAAUUAAGAGCAGAUUUUUUCAACAAUGGAGAAAGAGUAAUGGUGAUAAUAACGAUAAUUAAUUUAUUUAAUUAAAAAAAUGAUGAUAUUAUUAGUAUACAAAAAUAUUUAAUAACAAAAAUAGAAUAAGUGAUAUAUGUAUAUUAAAGUUGCUACA